UUUGCAGCAGGGGGAGGAGGUGGGGAUGAUGCAGAGCGGGGUGCAGCCCCUCCCCGCAUGGAUUUGAUGAGGGGUCAGAGCGAAGAGAGGAGCGCAGCAUCACCCCCGAGGAGCCUUUAGCGCACUCUGGGGUGCUGUGGGUCUGGCAAGCUCGGAUCCUGAGGUCUGGGCUUGUGCUGUUACGGGGGAGCUGCUGCUGCUUUUAAUGGGUGCUUCCUUACUGCAGAACCGGUUUGGCUUCACAUCCCGUCGGGACACGAGCGCGCAGCCCCGCUCCGGCCGGCACCGCUCCAUGGGACCGUGUGGAGAGGCUCCUGCUGAUGAAUCCACCCGGAACGAGGGGAAACGAAACCCGAAGUGACGCUUUCGGAUGCUCCGAAAGCCUGCGGCUGGAUCCCUGCGGCACAGCGGGAGCCGCUUCCCUGCCAGCGGGUUAUUCCCUCUCGGUGUUAGGGAUCCUCCGAGCUCGCUGGGACCCGCAGCUGGAGCGGAGGAGCCUUUGGUGGGAUCAUCGUGCAGACGAGGUGGAUCUUGAGGUUACAAAGGACCGCGCUGCUUGGCUGACCCUGCGAACCGAGCACCCCGGGGUUGUCUCCCGUCGGGAACGGACGUAAUGCAAUGUCGGACAGCAGCAGGCUGCUGGGGAACCAGCGGCCGGGAUACGGGACGCUGCAGACGGACACGGACACAUCCCGCAUGGAGGUCACGGGCUACCAGACCACGACGUGGCGGGUGGCCCUGUGCCACAUUGGCUCUGUGCUGACAGCAGGGCUGCUCCUCGUCCUCUUCCAUUGGAAGCCAAGCCUGGAGGUGCAGGUGAAGUGCAAACCCUGUGCCCUCAGCCAGGCCGACUGGGUCAUCAUCAGAGACAAAUUCGGACAGUGCUUCACCACGCGUGUGUGCACAGAGGCGCUGGGCGAGGGCAGCCUGGAGCAUCACCCCGGGGCCAGGCUGGAGGACCGCAGGACCAGCAUCGCUAUCGGUGUGUCGGAAGAGGAGGAGAGCCGGGACACCAUCCGGCUCCAUGAGAAGGAAGAGAAGAACAUCCUGCGGUACUACCUCUUCGAGGGCAUGCGCUACGUCUGGGUCGAGCGGCGGCAGAUGUACUGCAAAGUCAGCAUCUUGGAUGAAGGCUGGACCUGCGCAGAUCUGCACCUCUCGCAGGCUGGGCUCAGCCAACAGGACCACAACACCAGAAGGAAGAUCUACGGAGCGAACCUCAUCGAGGUGCCGGUCAAGUCCUACGCAAGGCUGUUGGUGGAGGAGGUUCUCAAUCCCUUCUACAUCUUCCAAGUGUUCAGCAUCGUGCUGUGGGUCUGUGACGCCUACUACUACUACGCUGCCUGCAUCUUCCUCAUCUCCACCAUCUCCUUAGGGCUGUCCCUCUACGAGACAAGGAAGCAAAGCACCACGCUGCAGAACAUGGCCAAGAUGGCAGUGGGUGUCCGAGUCCAUCGCUCCGGCGGAGAGGAGGUGGUGGUGAGCUCUGCAGACCUGGUGCCGGGUGACUGCAUCAGCCUCCCUGCGGAUGGGAUGCUGGUCCCUUGCGAUGCUGCGCUGCUGACGGGCGAGUGCAUGGUCAACGAGAGCAUGCUGACGGGGGAGAGCGUGCCAGUGAUGAAGACCCCUCUCCCGGCUGGCAGCACCAUCUAUUCCCCGGAGGAGCACCGGCGGCACACGUUGUUCUGUGGGACACACGUCAUCCAAGCCAAGUCCUAUGUGGGCAGGGAAGUGCUGGCCGUGGUGACCCGCACAGGGUUCUGCACAGCUAAAGGGGAUCUCAUCAGCUCCAUCCUCUACCCCAAACCCGUGAGCUUCAAGUUCUACAAGGAUGCUGUGAAGUUCGUCCUGUUCCUCGCCGUCCUGGCUUUUAUCGGCACGCUCUACAGCAUCCUCAUCUUGGUUAAAAACCAGGUCCCCGUGGGGCAAAUCAUCAUCCGUGCCCUCGACCUCAUCACUGUCAUCGUGCCCCCGGCUCUCCCGGCUGCCAUGACCGUGGGCACCAUCUAUGCCCAGAACAGGCUGAAGAAACAGGGCAUCUUCUGCAUCAGCCCUCCCCGCAUCAACCUCUGCGGGAAGAUCCGCCUGGUUUGCUUCGACAAGACAGGAACCCUCACGGAGGAAGGGCUGGAUGUGUGGGGGGUGGUUCCACUGGAGAACAACCACUUCAUGCCCAUCGUCCACGAGCCCCGCUGCCUGCCCGCUGGUCCCUUGCUCUACUCGCUGGCCACUUGCCACACGGUGUCGGUGCUGCGGGCACAGCCCAUCGGGGACCCUGUGGACCUCAAGAUGUUGGAGUCCACUGGCUGGCGCCUGGAGAUGAUGGAGGAGGAGGAAGGCGACCUACCUGCCUCCCAGCAGUUUGGGAUGAAGGUCUUGGCUGUGGUGAAGCCUCCACCUGAGGAAGAGCAGCCACGGGACAGGAAGCACCAGUUACCUGUGGGGAUCCUCCGGCGGUUCCCCUUCUCCUCCUCCUUGCAGAGGAUGAGUGUCCUGGUGAAGCUGCCCAGUGAAGCCUCAGCCCAUGUCUAUGUCAAGGGUGCUCCAGAGAUGGUGGCCAGCCUCUGCAGGAAGGAGACUGUGCCCGUGGAUUUCUCCCAGAUGCUGCGGCACUACACCACGGAUGGGUUCCGGGUCCUGGGUCUGGCUUCCAAACCCCUGAGUUCAGUGACCACAUUCGAGGAGGCCCUGCAGCUCCCCAGGGAAGCUGUGGAGAGCGGCCUGGGCUUCCUGGGCUUCCUCGUCAUGAAGAACGUGCUCAAGCCGGAGUCUGCGCCCGUGAUUCACCUCCUGCGCAACGCCAACAUCCGCCCCAUCAUGGUGACAGGAGACAACAUGCUCACAGCCAUCAACGUGGCGCGGAGCUGCCGCAUGGUGGAGCCCAAGGAGCGGGUGAUCUUCAUCAGCGCCUCCCCUCCCAGCCACCACGAGCCCGCUGCCCUCAAGUUCAUCCCGGCCGAGCAUUCCCAGGGCGAGGAGCAGUCGGAGGGUCUGUCCCAGCCAAGGGAUGGAUGUGUCCUGCAGCCUCAGCCCUGCCACUUCGCCCUGAACGGCAAAUCCUUCGCUGUGGUUUGUGAGCACUUUGCUGAGCUGCUGCCCAAGAUCCUCAUCCAAGCCACCGUGUUCGCCCGCAUGUUGCCCGAGCAGAAGACUCAGCUGGUUUGCAGCCUGCAGGAGCUCAACUACUGCGUGGGGAUGUGUGGGGACGGUGCCAACGACUGUGGGGCUCUGAAGGCGGCCGACGUGGGCAUCUCGCUGUCGGAGGCAGAGGCAUCAGUGGCUUCGCCCUUCACCUCCCGUGUGGCCAACAUCGAGUGUGUGCCCACUGUGAUCCGGGAGGGCAGGUGCUCACUGGUCACCUCCUUUGGUGUCUUCAAGUACAUGGCCCUGUACAGCCUGGUGCAGUUCGUGUCCGUCCUGCUGCUCUACACCAUCAACACCAACCUGAGCGAUUUCCAGUUCCUCUUCUUCGACCUCAUCAUCACCACCACGGUGGCCGUGCUGAUGGGUCGGACCGGUCCUGCCCAGGAGCUGGGAGUGGAGCGUCCCCAAGGGGCAUUGAUCAGUGUCCUGGUGCUGGGCAGCCUCCUCCUUCAGACAGCUCUGCUCAUCACCGUGCAGGUCCUCAGCUACUUCAUCACUGUCUCACAGGGCUGGUACGUGCCACUGAACAGCACGGUGACAGCUCCCCAGAACCUGCCCAACUACGAGAACACAGUCCUCUUCUGUGUCACGGGCUUCCAGUACCUCAUCCUGGCCGUCGCCAUGUCCAAGGGGUACCCAUUCCGGGAGCCGCUCUACACCAAUGUGCUCUUCUUGGUGGUCCUCAUCCUCCUCUUUGGCCUCAUGAUAUGGUUGACCCUCUACCCCUUGGGCUUCCCCAAAACCCUGCUGAAGCUGCAGGGCAUCGAUGACUUGAACUUCAAGCUGCUGCUGCUGGGGAUCGCUGCCCUCAACUUCUUCGCUGCCUUCGUGCUGGAGACCGCCCUGGACCACGGCCUCCUCGGCUGCCUCCGCAGGCUGCGCCGCAAGAAACCAUCCAAGAAGCUUUUCAAGCGGCUGGAGAAGGAGCUGAGGCAGCAGCAGCCGGCCUGGCCCCCCCUCAACCAACCGCUCUUUGCGACACCCAAGAUGUCCAUCGCCGUGAGAUAACACGGGCCGGGUGCUGCUGCCCUCAGCCCAUGGACACUUGAUUAUUUAUUUAUCCUGGUAAAGGGAGGGAUGCGGCCGGAAGGAUCCUGCGGGAAGACCCUCGGCAUCGGGGCUGUGGGGAGGAGAUGGUGGAGGAGCAAACUGGGGGAGAAGGUCCAGAAGAAGAAGAG